GUCAUAUGAAAAAUUACAGGCGCAAGGUAUGUUAAACUUCAAACCACUUUUUUAAAAACAAUAAUAAUGAUUGAAUCGUGUCCUAAAAGUCGUAUGCUGCUUGGAAUUACACUCCUAGGAGCGUUAACCAUACUUGUACUUGUAGUGGAAUCAAAUUGGACAGAUACUGGACCCAGACAUUAUAAAAAUUUCCCAGCUGUAGAAAAUAAUUCUACAUGUUGGCUCACACAGAAAUAUGAAGUAAUUAACGACUGCCAUCCAUGUACAGAAUUUGAAAUUGCUAGCCGUAGCAUAGGUGUAUGCAUUCAUACUCACUUCAAGGAAGUUUUAAAAUGUGCAAAUGGUGAAACAGUAACCCGCAGUUGUGAUCGUGUAGCAUGGUUAGAUGAACGUAACUUUUGGACUUUUGAAGCAUUAAUGUUUUUUGCAUCUGUAAUUUCAACCUUAUUUGUUCGUAUUCGACGAAAAACAUUAGAUCGUCGUGCUUUACAGCGUGUUCAACGACAAUUGGCGAAUAGUGUUUAAAAAAAAUGUGUGAACUAUAUAUCAAAUAUUACGAUCAUCUUCGAGAUAACCUUUUCGAAGUACCUCUCGAAUCUUUAAUAACGUUAUUUAUCUGUAAAUAUUUAACAGAUGU